AUGCCAGAGAGUGAUGGCAGGAUUCUCCAGCGCUCCAAACGUGGAUGGAUGUGGAAUCAAUUCUUUCUGCUCGAGGAGUACGCAGGAAAUGACCAUCAAUAUGUCGGCAAGCUGCACUCCAACAUGGACAAAGGUGAUGGCAAUGUGAGGUAUGUUUUGACUGGAGAAGGGGCAGGCACCCUGUUCCUGAUUGAUGAGAAGUCUGGGGAUAUUCAUGCCACCAAGAGGCUGGACAGGGAAGAGAAAGCUAUGUACACGCUCAUUGCAAAGGUCCUGGAUAGGAAAACCAAUGCAGAGCUGGAGCCGGACACUGAAUUUAACAUAAAAAUCCACGAUAUUAACGACAACGAGCCAAGGUUUGCAAAGGAAAUCUACUUCGCCAGCGUCCCUGAAAUGUCCGAAGUUGGUACAUCGGUUGUCACCGUGACUGCCAAUGAUGCUGAUGAUCAGACGUAUGGGAACAGCGCCAAGCUUGUAUAUAGCAUUCUACAGGGACAACCAUACUUCUCUGUGGAUUCUGAAAAUGGCACCAUCAAGACAGCCCUGCCUGGCAUGGACAGAGAAGUCAAGGAAAACUACCAGGUUGUGAUCCAAGCUAAAGACAUGGCCGGACAGAUGGGCGGGCUUUCAGGGACAACAACAGUCAGCAUCACCCUCUCCGACGUGAACGACAGUCCGCCACGCUUUGCUAACCAUUCCUUCCGUGUGACAGCUGUGGAGUCGACAGAGAUCGGAGGUGCUAUUGGACGUAUUAAGGCUGAUGAUUCAGAUGUCGGGCGUAAUGCUGAGAUGGAGUACAGUAUCGUUGGUGGUCAUGACACGUUCAACAUUAUCACUGACCAAACCACACAAGAGGGAGUCAUCAUAAUCAAAAAGGCACUGGAUUACGAAAAUAAGAGAGACUACGAGUUUAGAGUGGAGGUGAAAAACACCUACUUAGAUGCAAGGUUCAUCCACGGUUUGCAAUUCAAAGACUACGCCACAGUCAAGGUAACAGUAGAGGAUGUGGACGAGCCUCCCGUUUUCACCAGGAACCCUUACAUCAUCGAGGUGCAUGAGGACACAGCUGCUGGCAGCUUCGUCGGUGUGGUGUCGGCCAGGGACCCCGAUGCUGACAACAAGCCAGUCAAAUACUCCAUUGAUCGGCAUACAGAUCUAGAGAGGCUGUUCAACAUUGAUUCUGUGAACGGCACCAUCACAACACUCAAAGCAUUGGACAGAGAAAUGUCAAAAUGGCACAACAUCUCUGUGGUGGCCACUGAAAUAAAUAACCCACGUCAGACAACUCGAGUGCCUGUGUUCAUCAAGGUCUUAGAUGUCAAUGACAACGCCCCUGAGUUUGCAAUGUCCUAUGACACGUUUGUCUGUGAGAAUGUCAAAGCAGGACAGCUGAUUCAGACCAUAAGUGCUGUUGACACAGAUGAACCCCUUGUUGGACACAAGUUUGUCUUUAGCAUAAGUUCCACCAAUCCAAACUUCACAAUUGUUGACAGGGAAGAUAACACUGCCAAUAUCCUGACGCGGAGGGGAGGUUUCAGCCGGCGUGAGAUGAGCAUGUACUUCCUGCCUGUAGUGAUCUCAGACAAUGACUACCCGAUUCAAAGCAGCACCAGUACACUGAUCGUGCGCGUGUGUGCUUGUGACAGCCGUGGAAACAUGCAGUCCUGUAACCCCGAGGUCCUGCCCUUCUCAGAUGGUCUCACAACUGGAGCUCUGGUGGCCAUCCUGCUCUGUGUCAUUAUUCUCCUCAUGAUCGUGGUGAUGUUUGCUGCCCUGAGGAGACAGAGGAAGAAGGAGCCUCUGAUCAUCUCCAAAGAGGAUGUCAGAGACAACGUCGUCAGCUACAACGAUGAAGGGGGCGGAGAGGAGGACACUCAGGCCUUUGAUAUCGGCACGCUGCGCAACCCAGAGGUGAUGGAUGCUAACAAGCUGCGCAGGGACAUCACACCCGAAAUGCUGUUUCCCUUUCGGAGGACAUCACCUAUAAAGGAUAACACGGACGUCAGAGACUUCAUUAGCGGGAGGCUUCAGGAGAACGAUUUGGAUCCAACGGCGCCCCCCUAUGACUCCCUGGCCACGUACGCGUAUGAGGGCAGCGGGUCGCUGGCGGAAUCCCUCAGUUCACUGGAGUCCGCUGCCACUGAGGGGGACCACGAUUACGAUUACCUCAGCAACUGGGGACCACAGUUCAAAAAGUUGGCAGAGAUGUACAUAGGGAAGAGCCCCGACAGAGAGACCUAG